CCUCCUGGACUUUCAACUAGCUCUGGCAACGUUACCACCAACACUACUAUGCCUGUGCACACCUCCGUUGAACCCUUUACUAGUCCUACAACCCCUGCUAACACCACCACCCACACCAACACCACCAUCAUCUCCACCCCUGCUUCCACCGCGUCAACUGCAGAGAUCAAUGAAACCAGUACAGCACCAAGCAAUACAACUACACCAGGCAAUACCACAACAGACUUACCUACAACCACACCAGGCAACACUACAGCACUCUUAAAUGCGACCACACCAACUGCUGUUGCAACCACACCAGGCAACACUACAGCACUCUUAAAUGCGACCACACCAACUGCUGCUGCAACCACACCAGGCAACACUACAGCACUCUUAAAUGUGACCACACCAACUGCUGCUGCAACCACACCAGGCAACACUACAGCACUCUUAAAUGCGACCACACCAACUGCUGCUGCAACCACACCAGGCAACACUACAGCACUCUUAAAUGCGACCACACCAACUGCUGCUGCAACCACACCAGGCAACACUACAGCACUCUUAAAUGUGACCACACCAACUGCUGCUGCAACCACACCAGGCAACACUACAGCACUCUUAAAUGCGACCACGCCAACUGCUGCUGCAACCACACCAGGCAACACUACAGCACUCUUAAAUGCGACCACGCCAACUGCUGCUGCAACCACACCAGGCAACACUACAGCACUCUUAAAUGCGACCACGCCAACUCCUCCUGCAACCACACCAGGCAACACUACAACACCCAUAAAUGCAACCACACCAACUGCUGCUGCAACCACACCAGGCAACACUACAACACCCAUAAAUGCAACCACACCAACUGCUGCUGCAACCACACCAGGCAACACUACAACACCCUUAAAUGCUACCACACCAACUGCUGCUGCAACCACACCAGGCAACACUACAGCACCCAUAAAUGCAACCACACCAACUGCCGCUGCAACCACACCAGGCAACACUUCAACACCCAUAAAUGCAACCACACCAACUGCUGCUGCAACCACACCAGGCAACACUACAACACCCAUAAAUGCAACCACACCAACUGCUGCUGCAACCACACCAGGCAACACUACAACACCCAUAAAUGCAACCACACCAACUGCUGCUGCAACCACACCAGGCAACACUUCAACACCCUUAAAUGCAACCACACCAACUGCUGCUGCAACCACACCAGGCAACACUACAGCACCCUUAAAUGCAACCACACCAACUGCUGCUGCAACCACACCAGGCAACACUACAGCACCCUUAAAUGUGACCACACCAACUGCUGCUGCAACCACACCAGGCAACACUACAACACCCUUAAAUGUGACCACACCAACUGCAACCACAACGCUGGCUGUUACAACAGUAACAACACCACCCAACAACAUCACUAUUACAGCCGGAACAACACCAAUGAACACCACAGCAGGCACUACACUCUUACCAGCCAACAGUACAACACAACCAGGCAAUGCUACAACUCAUCAGCCAACAGCCAAUGCCACAGAACCCGCCUUGAACACCACCACUCCAGAGAACAACGCCACGACUGGACCAACACUCACCUCUACUACUAACCCUACUAACACAACAACCGCACCAGCUACCUGUCCAGCAAUUCCCUGUCCAACUCUCAGUAUAUGCAUAAACUCCACCUGUCAGUGUCUGGCUGGGACCUACCUGUCGGGGGGCCGCUGUGUGGAAGCAAAAGUGUUCCCAGGUAAUCUGCGUGUGAAUCGCACAUUUGUUGAGGAAAUGAGGAAUCCCCAGUCUGCUGCGUUCCGUAAUAUAUCUUCCGAGAUUAUUGCAGCGUUGAACAGUGCUUUAAAAGAUAUAUCUGGCUACAUAAACUCCACAGUUCUGCAGCUAACUCCAGGCAGUGUGGUGGCUGCAGUGGACAGUGUGUUCGAGCCCAACUCCCCUGCUACGCGGGAUACCACCGUCCAAGCUAUAAUGAGGGCCAUAAGCAGCGGUGAGGGAAUCCUGGCCACAGCUACUUUCAAUGAGACGAGUCUGUGUGAACAGAACCCGCCUCCAUGUGAUGUCAAAACAACAACAUGUACAGACAGUAAAACUGGCGUUUCCACCUGCACCUGCAUGCCAGGCUUCAUAUCAACCGAAUUUACAACGAGGAGCUGCAUAGCAUGCGCCAGUGGAGAGAGAUCAGUGGACAACCGGUGUGAGCCGUGUCCAUUCGGUUAUUCUGGUUUCAACUGUAAUGACUCAUCUUUGUUGGCACUGGUGGUGGUAGCCUGUGUUUUAGGUGGGCUUCUGCUCAUCCUAAUAGUGGCCAUGAUCAUCUACUGUAUCAUGAGCAGGAAAAAUUCUAAGCACACAGAAUAUGGCAGCAGUCCUUACUCCACCGAAGAGUUCCGCGAUUGGCCUGCCCAGGGCAUCACGCCCAUCCCUCGUGCCACGGUCAGCUCCAGCGCUAACUCAGGCAACAUGCUGGAGAUGACCGAGCCAAGAAAAAAUCACUCCAAUGGACUGAAGAUAGGAAGAAAGACGGGCUCCUACGACCUCAUGCCCAUAGACAACCUGAACACGUUUACGGGCAAAAACCCCUCACGCUAUUCUUACUUGAUUCAGGGCCAUGAAAAUCCCUACUUUAUACCAGGAGAUGAGCCAAGAUCGACAUGAGAAGAGGAGAAAAGAGGAGGAGAGUAGAGGAGGCUAGUUCCAAAAGUAAGACAGGAGUGUAGGAAGUGUGAAAGAGGUGUAAAAAGAGGUAAAAUAGUAUAUAUUAAUACAAAUAUGGGACUAAUUCAUGAGUCUCUAAGUCAUUGUCCACAAUUUUCUUGAUCAAAACAGGUCUAUAAAGAUUUAUGGCUCAUGCUAAACAGAGCCAAUGUUUAAAGGAAAACUCUAGCAUUUUUCAACCUAAUCUCUAUUUGCUGCAUAAUGUGUUUCCCUCUACUUAAAAAAAACCCAGAAAACUCAUCUAUAAUACAAUCCAGUGGGCAAUUGCAGUCAGUACGUUUAUGUAAAACACAUUUUUGUAGAACAUUUUCAUGAAUUGCUCAGCCAGGUGUUCGUAAAUUAAUUAUUAUGAAUUAUUAUUAUUAAUUUUAGAGAUGAGACUAGGUUUCUAAAGGAAAACUUUAGCAGCGUGGAUCAGUAUGGAUACCAGAAUUCUAAGACCUACAAGAACGUUGGUGUUGGUCAUACUUUCAAAUUCAUUAUAUCCAUUUAUUUUUAAAUGUUCAUUCGCAGAAUUCUGCAGUGGUUUCUAUGGCCUCAUCCACACGUAUCCUGAUAUUUAAAAAUAUACGUUUCAAAGAUUCUUUAAAAUAAAUACCCAUUCCAACAGUGUUUUGAAAACCUCUCCAUCCACAUGAGCAUGCGGAAACAACUCAAAAACAUUUACAUGAGCAUGUCAGCCCAGUAGGGGUGAUAAAACCUGAACAAAACUGAUGUCAUACAGCUGAAGCAGAACACUGCAAGUGUGCGCACUUUGCAAAAUAUAGCCUUUUAUUUGCAAUCCAUUAGCUGCCAUGACUCAGUACUUUUCUUAGAUUCAAAGUCUGGUUCCUGCCAGAAAAUAAAAGCUUGAAAAAAGCAAUAGAAAGCCUGCUGCUUGCUGUCAUGGGGUUGUUUAUGUUGCCUUGGUCUCUGAAACACCACACAGUCCUGAUCAGGCAGAGAGGAUGAGUUUUUCUAGAUUUUCACUCUACAUGAUCACCAUGAUUCACUCAGGUAUUAUUAUUAGUAAUAGUUGCAAUCAAGUUGUCACACUAUUCAAAAGAACUGUGUGCAAUAGAUUCUGACACCUCUGCACUACAGUUUAAUAAAAAAGUCAAGCUAAAUUCUCUUAUAAACGUUAUCAAUCCCUAAAUUGACAAAGAAAAAGAAAAGAUUCAUUCAUCAGCCAUCAGCUGUGAUUUCCCAUCCACACAGAACACUGAAACCUGAUGAAAACAGAGUUUUCAGAAAUGCCCACCCUGAAGAGCAUUUUCAAAAAGCCAUUUUCAUGUGGAUGGGAGACCAAAACAAGCAUAGAAACUGUGGCUAAAACUGAUUUUACAUUAGAAGUGACUUGUGUGUUGAUGAAGCGAAGAACAUCCAAAUUUUAUCUAGUGCUGAAUAAGUUAAUGUAUCAUGCAGAUGCCUUUAUCCCAUUUACAAAUAAAAUAAAUGUAUGUAGGGGAUUUCUGAGCUUAGCUAUUGGCUAUUACUUGUUUGAAAGGGGUUUUGAUUUGUCAGUUUUUUCCAUCAUCUAGUCUGUUGGACUGAUAAUUACUCUGUAAGCUUAUAGAAGUAUGUACUAGUGCAGUGUUGCUGCUACGACUGAAAAUAUAGCUAGAUUAUAGGCCUAGAUUGCACAAUAAGGCAAGAAUAGUGAAUUCUGCACUGUUUCUAGCUAGAAACUGCUAGCACACCAUCAAAAACAGAAACAAGGCAUAUUUUUGUGGCUACAGUGAUUAGCAUCGGAGCGCUUUGAGGGGGGCGUGGUACCACUUCUGGUGUAAAAUCGACUUAACUGUGGGUUUUCUAUGCAGGGAAAUACCUCAAAUUUAUUGCCAUGGUAUGAUACAGACACAGCAGAUAGAGGUUACUCUGAAAAACACUGGAUCUUCCUUUAAGGGAUCUGUCAGUCUGCUUUUCAGACUCAGUCCGUUUUGUAUCCAUAUGUAACUGAUUGUCAUGUUCAGGCAGCAUUAAAUGUACAAUACAUUUUUGUUUUGAAUGAAGAUACAUUUCAGUGAGGUUGUGUUGGCUGGAGAUCGCUCCAGCUUUCAGAACCCGUCAGAAUGCUGCACAUGCUGGCAUACAGCUGUUCACCACGUUCCACAGUGCUGACAUGUCUUAACCUUGAGUGAAGGGCGUGUACUCAUGAAGGACUCGUCAUUAGCUGUGCGGCGUGAUUCACAGUAUCGCUUUGCUAACGUUGAAUUUUCAACCUGCUGAAAUUUAGCACACCAAAGACGUGGCUUGUGGGCGAUUGUUUUGUUAUUAUUUCUAUUCUUGUACUGUUGCAGUUGGCGCCAUAAACCGAAAGAUUAGAACAAUGUUUUAUACAUGUUGCAUGUUUGAUUUUAUUUAUUUCAUCAGAGCAUCUAAGUUUGAUUCUUAUUUUUUUGUGCAUAUGUCACUUGAAAGGUGCGGGGUGUAUAAGAACUCCCUGCACGGCACAGAGGGCAAUCUGAUAUUUAUUCAGCUUAUUUCUCUCUUUAGUUCCUUUUUUUUCUUUACCAGUCCAGUCACAUAUUGUAGCUGCCCAAAGAAAAACAAAUAUCUCCAUUUUUUCUACAUUAUUUGAACAUAGAAGCUCCAAAAUUGAAAAAGUCUCUUUAUAUUAACUUACAUUGAAAGUAAAGACGGAUUUUGGUUCACAUUUUGGAGACCUGUUUUUUUCUGGACAACAACAAUAUGUGAGCUGGGGCAACUGCUUUUAGGACUAGCGGAUAAAGUGACUAAAGUUGGUCCUGUAAAGGUUCUGGCCAAUUUUGGUAUGACCUAGAAAUUCCUGCACCUUUAAGAAAAAGUCCACAUCAUCACAAGCACUUUGGGAUCAGGGCAGGGCCGGAUCAUCCUUCAUCUGCUUCUUGCGCUGACUGCUUUAUUAUUGUUUUCAUCCAUCAUCUCUUUGCACUCGUCUUUGCACAGCAUUUAGCUCCGUAUAAGUGAAUGUUUAAGAAGGGCUGGCCCUGUUUGCUGUGGGUUCUCGGUUACUUUCUCUUUCCAGUUGUGUAAGUCACACUCAGAGCUACUGCAUUCUGUUUCUGUGUGCCUCUCAGUGGUUCUUUAUACUGAAUUAGAACCUUAUGCAACACAGACAAGGAUUCCUCUUUCUCCACUGAUGUGCCAAUAAUAAUUAAUUUAUUCAGACCAGUGAAAUGUUUUGCGUGUGGCGCUUAUGUAUUCAUGUCCACGUGUUAUUUUAUAAAUGUUCAUGUAAAUCUCUUUUUGUAAAUUAACGUUUUUCAAAAGAAUGGUUCAGUAUGUGAAUAAAUUCCUUUAGAUAAUUGA